AUGCGCCGGAGAUCUUUAUAUUGCUCAUUACAACUCCUCAUCCCUUGUCGAUACACGCUCUCAAAGCUGGACGAGCUUGUCGAGGCAGCGCGCGGCGGCGACUGGGAGCAGGCGUUCUCGCACGCGCUCUCGCUCGCCGGCCACCCUCUCGCCCACCACGCCGCACAGAACCACUUCCUCUCGCUCAUCGCCUCGGACCGCUUCCGCUCGCUCUCGCCCUCGGAUGCAGACAGGCUCUUCGCGGUCUUCCCACAGGACCAGUGCGAGUGGAUUUGCGCGGCGGCACUACAGGUUGCGAGGGAGGGAAAGACGGAUGAUGUCGUCGUCGCUCUCCGGGCCCUCGAGUGCGGGUUGAGGGCGACAGAGCGGUGGAGUGCGUCGCUCGCGGAUCUGGCGGACUCGAUCGCAGAGCGGGAGUGGGAGAAAGCGGCCGAAAUUGUCAAGGGUGAAGCGCAGGGCGACGAGGCGAAGUGUGCGCGGGCGAGGGCCGCAUUGCUCGAGUUGCAGGACAGGGCAACGAGCUGGGAGGCUCUCUUUGGCGCAGACGCAGAGACUAGGGACCCGAGCACGCCCAAGCUCGGUGGAGCCGCGCAUAGGAGGACGCUCAGCUCGGCCGCAGACUUGCGGGCGCGAGGAGGCGAGGCGAAGGCCGACGGCGAGCCUGGGAAGUCGCAUGAGGUUGAGGCGGAUGGAUGGGGCGAGCUGGAUCUGCCAGACGACGAGAACGAUAUCCCGCGAACUCCCUCGACUCCACAACCCGCUCCCCUCCUCCCGCUCUCGCAGUUCCUGUCGACUCCCCUUCCCCUCGUCGCGCUCACACUAGCGACGACCUCGCACCUACCGGAGCUCCACCUCCUUCUGUCCCUCCACACUCGCUCGCUCUGGCCAUACCGGUCGCAAAUCCUCGAAUGCAUCCCCGGCUGGAUCGACCCCACCGACUACGUCGACCUCUUGCCCGCUGUCGACGCGCAAGGAGCGAAGGAGACGAUGUGGGAGGAUGUGCUGCCUUGGCGGGAAGAGCAGGAUUGGAGCGAGCGCGUGCUUGACCUCGUCCAGCCUCCGUCACCGUCUACGGACCUUCCCGAGUACCGCUCGGCAGCCGAAGUCGCGGCGUGGUACCUCUCCCGCGUGUCUAGUCUCGUCGAAGGUGGAUACGUCGACACGGCACUCGCGCUCGUCCAGCAUGCAGCGGCGAGGGGCGUUGAAAUCCCUGCGGGAGAAGCGGGAGGCGGACUGGACGAAGUGGGCGAGGAGUUGACGUUGCUGGCCAAGGCAGUGUACGAGCGGCCAUCCCGUGAAAAUGGCGAGGAGGAGGAAGAGGACUGGUCGCUCGAGCGCUGGCGCUCGCUGUCGCCGAAACAGGUCAUCGAGACCUACACGUCGAGCUCGACACCCGCCACGAUCGCACAAACUCUCCGCUCGCUCGUCUUGCCGUAUCUCUCCGUCCUUGAGGCCCGCCUCGAGCGUCGCGGCGAAGCGAAUCCCGCCGGCAAGAUGACCGGCCUUCUCUACGACUACAUCCUCGCCCUGCCCCUCUCCUCAUCCGGCCUCGACCUCCUUCGUCCGAUCUUCGAGGCGUCGAAGCCGACUCUGCCCGUCUCGCAGCGCAUCGUCAAGUCGGAUACCGACCUUGCACGGCUGGCGAUCGCGGUUCUGUACGGCGCGGGUAAGCAGGGCGUCACGCAGGGAGGCGCGGCGGUCAUGAGCAAGAUUUUCGAGUGCUUGCCCGCAUUCGAUGGAUCGAGCUCGACUGCGGAAGAAGGGGAGGAUGCCGACUUGUUCGACCUUGCGUCCGAGUCGACAGCCGACCUCGCUCGACCGGCCGGUCCCGCCUCGACUGCUCCUCCCUCUCCGUCCCCUUCUCCCUCCGUCUUCUUCACGGCCCUCUCACUCGCUCCGCCAACCGCCCUCUCAGCACACCUCGACACACUCGACCUGCACCUCUCGCAACUCGAGUCGCUCUUGCGUUACCACUCCGCCCCAAACACCGGCCUCUUCUGGUUCCUCUCGUCGUACCGCUCCGAAAUCGCCCAGCGAAAUUGGGCGACCCGUCUCGCGCGGACUGCAGCGAGCAACGGCGCAGGAGCGGACGGCGACGAGGGAGAGUUUGAGAGCGCCGACAUGUGGCUCGAAUUGAUGGAGUUCAUGGCGGAGGGGACGGGCGUUGCGGGUGAGGAGCCGAGCGGGACAGACGAGGAGCGGAUCGAGAAGGGUCUGGGCAGGUUGUUCUGGAAGUUGGGCAGGGAGGAAGCGCUUAAGAUCUUCUUUGGCGGGGUGCUCGGCGCUGGUCGCUUCACCCUCGCCCGCUCGCUGCUCGAGCCAUCCUCGACUUCGCCGCCUCUCGAGCCGCAGGCGGUCGAAGAUCUCGUCAUCUCCGCCUCGCGCGAGUUCUACGAUAACGCGGAGGAAGGCAAUCUGCACAGCGGCGACAUGAAGAUGGCUUUCGACUGCCUUUCAGCCGCACCUCAGCAGACCCCUCGCAUCCGCUCCGAGCGCGCAUUCAUCGAAGCGACCUCGCGGCUGUGCUCCUUCCGCCUCGACUCUCGACCCGGCAUCCCCCUCACUCCGAUCGAGCUCCGCCACGCACCUGACCGUCUUCUCUACGUCUCGCGUCUCCUCUCAUCGAACGACUCGGCGUAUCGCCACCCCGAAAUGGUCCUCGAGCUCGUGCGAAAACUUGGCUACCCCGAAGGCGGGAAGGAGGAGUCUCGCACGCUUGCGAUGCUUAGCGACGCCGCCGUCCAAGCUGGGGACUGGACUCGCGCGUCCGAGAUGUGCGACCGAGCGGUCAAGGUCGUCGAAGGCUUGCGGAAGAAGGCGAGUCGGCCGGCGAAAGAGGGUCAAGAGGAGCGGCAGCGGGAUGCGGAUGAGGCGGCUGAAUACGCGUGGAAGGCGUGCUUCCAGCUUGGCAAGCACGAGGGAUGGCGAGACAGCCAGAAGAGGCUGCAGGCGCUCGGUCAGGCGCUCACGCUGUGCCCGCCCGAGCGGAUACAGGACAUCCUCCCGACCUGGACGGCGCUUGAGCGGGAAGUCGCGCAGGAGGCGCUGAAGAAGGAGCAGGACGAGGCCAAUGGUGCGAAGCCUGGCGCGGCCGGAGGCAACGCGGCGGAAGCAGCGGCACGGGCAGCAGCGGAAACUGCAGCAGCCGGCGCAGCCAAGGUCGCCAACUUCCUCUCUGCCGCCGCAGCGCGAGCCGGCUCCUCGCCUGUGCCGCCCGAGUCCCCGCGCUCCGGUACGCCCGUCAAGUCGCCGUCGUCGGGCACGCCGCAGAGCGCACAUUUCCCUACGUCCGCCGCAGCGGCGGGUCAUCUCGCGCAUGAGACGGCUGCCGCCGCCUCGUACACCCUGCGACGAGCAGCUGCGUUCUUCGGUGGGGAUCACUCGAGUAACCGGCCACAGUCGACCUCGCCAGCUCGAGCUGCCCGUCCGAUCACGCCUCUAUCGCCUGCAUCCUCCUCCGCCUCUGUCACUUCCCCACCGCCCAAAGCCCGCCCACCUCCCCAAGCGCCCGCAAGGUCGCCUUCCCCUCCUUCUCGUUUCGCCUCAGCUUUCGAGAACCUCGCAGACCACCGACCUCGACCUUCGCCCUCUUCGCCUCCGCGUGCAGAAGGAGGGUUCGGCGGGUUCGGCUUGCGCUCAGGCCUGUCGAAAGGACUUACGGCAGGCGUCGGGUGGCUUAUAGGUGCGGAUGAGAUGCUUGAGGAGGAGAAGCGGUACGAGGAGGAGCAGCGGAGACGGCAGGAAGCAGAGUUGCGGGAACGGCAGAAGGAGCAGGUCAGGGAGGCUAGGGGCGAGCCUGCGCCGGUCAAGCAGAUGUCUCAGCCGGCUAAGGUGCAGAAUAGGGCGCGGCAGGUCCCGCCUGCCUCGAGCACGAAGCCCAAAGGACGGACGAAGUUGCAGGCGGUGAGGGUUCCGGUCGAGAAGAAGUCGGAGCCUCCGAAGUCGAAGGACGAGGAUGACUGGGAUGCAUGUCUGGCGAAGAAGCUCCCUUGCGAGCGGACGACUCUCUUCCUUGUUCCAUCCGCUCUGUCCCCGCUUGACACCCGCUUUCGCACGCUGGCGCCCUUCGCAGCUACCUAUGUACCACCUGCGGAUGUCCCUCGCAGCGAUGGGCCCGUCAGCAUCGUCCUCUCCCUCGGACCGCACGACGAGACGAGCGAACUGAUGGAAUGGGACAAGGUCGAGGUGCCGGAAUCUGCGACGGUGUUGGACGCCCUGCGGCACUUGCGCAGCGAGGAUGGACACGCUGGCAUGCAGAUUGACAUGCCCUGGGAGCUGGACGGGUCCUGGUGGUCUGAGGGAGGUCCGUUGGCUGUCGUCGACACAAACGUACUCAUUAGCCAUCUCGCCCUGCUGCGCGAGUUCGUCGAGCUUGCUGCCCGUCUUCCACCCACCUCCCGACCCGUCCUCCUCGUCCCCCACAUCGUUCUUCUCGAGCUCGAUGGGCUCAAGACUUCCUCUCGUUCGACCGACACGUACUCCAACAACGGUUCAGCCGCGCGGGCCCGGUCCAGCAUCUCCACCCUCGCUCGCUCGGCGACAAAUUGGCUUCUUAGCGAGUUGAGCGGUUCGCGGGAAAACGGUGUCGUACGAGGCCAGCGCAAGGCGGAGACGCUUCUUCCGCUGGACGAGCGAGGAAAGCCGUUUGGCGAGAAUAACGACUCGCUCGUCCUUGAUGCGGCCCUCUACCAGCGGGAGCAGCGGGCCGCAAGUCGGGUCAUCCUCCUGACAGACGACCGCAACCUCCAGCUCCGCGCGACGGUCGAGCAUGUCGAAGCCUUUGGUAUUGAAGCUGGGCAGGAUGCGACAUCGCUGCUCGAUUUGCUGUCGAGGACUGUCCCUCCGCCAGGGCCGUCACAUCCUCCCUCUCCUCCUCCUCGACCUCGAGAACCUUCUUUCUCACGCUACGGUGGGUCUAGCCCUGUCAAGACACCGCGUAAGCGACAGUCGCCGCCCGCACCUUCGCCUUCGUACCCCUCGCCGAGCCCGUCACCGAGCCAUUUCGUCCCGCCUUCACCCGCCGCACCGACUCAACGCCGAGAUCCACCCACAUCCGUCCCUCUCCCUACCUAUCAUGCAAUGGAAGCCGAAGCUAUCGACACACCGCCUCUACACUCCGACCUCCCUCCUCCGCCUCUCGUCUCGGUCGAAUCGCCCGUCGACGUUUUUUACAACCUCUCCCUACUCAUCGGCCACUUCGUCGCCCUACCAUUAUACCGACACGCAUAUCAGUAUCUCCGGGCAACACGCCCGAACGAGCAGCAUGAGUGGCAGCCUGAACUCGGAGACUGGAGGUACUGGUCUCCCGCCGAGUGCGCGCAGCGGGCGAAGCGAUGGUGGGAGGAUGGACAAGUGCGGGAGUUGUGUCGCGUCGGGCUGGAGCAUGCGUCGACGGCGCCUCUUGAGCCGCCUGUGCCUCCGCGCGCGCAAGCUCCGCCGCGACAGUCGACCCCCGGCUCCUCGCGAUGGGCCACCCCUACCACCUCCGCUCCUCUGCCCGCUCCUGCACCGACGAAUCAGCGAGUCGCGCCACGACGCCCCAAACCCUCGAUCGACCGGCAGCUCUCGGACCUGCAUUCCUCCCUCCCCACUCUCGUAACCUACCUCUCCUCCGCCCCUCCCUCACUCACAACCUGGUCCGCACCGCGAUGGGAAGUCCUCCUCGAGUCGACAGGGACGUUCCUAGUCGCGGUUUUGGGGGGAGCGGUAGGUGGGGAUGUGAGAGGGGAGGUUGGGACGGUUGUGCUGGAGUGGGUGGGGGACUUGGGACGGCUGGGGAUCAGGGUGGAGGUGGAGUUGUAG